ACGGUUGUAUUCAAAUGACAUUUCGAGAAUACCCUGAAACAUCCGUUUAUAGUCCGAAAUGUUGAGCGAUAAAAAAUUCACGUACAUUCUCGAAAGCCACGGAAUUUCAACGAUCCUUUGCACUUGGAGCAAAUUAUCUUUAAGUGUAAUUCCAAAACUUGGCUCGCGGGACCUGGAAUAUCAGUUCAAAAAUCGAGUAAUUCGAUUUUUCGAUAAAACUGAAUGAGUAAAUUUUCUCUAUCAGUCGCCGAGAGCGUGGUUUACGCAUGAAAAUUGAAGUAUCCAGUCGGGAAAGGUCCGAAAAUUGGAUCGAAAAACGCGAGUGCAACUUCGCAGCAAUCUCAAGUCGAAGAUAACGAGCGGAGAAGGGGUGGGGGCAGAUAAUGGGGAUCAGGGGCAGGAAAGAAAGAUGACGAAGAGGACGAAGAUGCAGCUACAGGCGAAGAUUCCGCACCGGUACAAACCGGGUAGUACCGGAAAUUUCAAUGGUCUUUAGCCGGGUUCUAUCAGCUUUUCGGAAUAAGUAACGGGGCUGGUUACUUGUUAACCGCGAGGCAUCAUCGGCCAACUCCUCGACGCGACGCCUUCCGAAAAUAAAAAUAGCCCCUGAACUGCACUGGAAGCAGGAAGCUUGAAGCGCUCGACGCCGGCUGCAGCACGGAAUGACAUCGGAUAUGCGUGCGCAGCAGCCCCUUCGGGGUGCUUCGCUGCCGACGGGGGAUGUCCUCGACUCCGUUAACGGAGACGGGGGUCAGUUUGUCCCGCGCAGUCGACCAGUCAGUUUCUACGACAAUUUCAAGGACGUGCCAGUGAUGCCGCCGUGCGUUUCGUCGGCCGUCAGCGCGGGGAAUUUGAAUCAGGUUGUACGAGACGACGGGUCGUUAUUGCCGAUGUCGCGGAACAGUCGAGUGAGCAGCGCGGUCAGUGCCGGAAAUGUGACAAGGAUCCACAGCCCAAAAGUGAUCGGUGCCGUGUCGACCGGGCAUAUCGGGAAGAUCUUCCGCCUCGAAAAGGAAAAGGGGGACCCUCAGCUCGGGCGUGCGCCUUCUAUGGCGACCUGCCUGUCGACGACAGUUCCGGUAAACCUGACCACCUCGCAGAUCGCUGGCCGACACACACCCACCCGGAACUCCCUCAGGCACAGCCGGAUGAUCGUGAUGAACAGGACAGGAAACGCUCCACGGAAAUCCUCCCAGCCAACGCUGCUGGUGCACCGGGUGCUCGCCAGGUGUCUGGCCGCAGUUCAAUUGAUCCUUGGUAUGGCAGUCACGUCGUUGGCGCUUUGGUUUCUGGUGUGGGCGCCAAACCUGCCGAUAACCGAUAUCCCCUACUGGAGUGGAAUCCCCCUCCUGCUCUCCGGAUGCUUCGGAUCUCUUCUGCUGUGCUGCUUCAGAAACGAGUAUACCGGCUCGAGUCAUGGAUUUUGCAUAUCUUCGGCGAAGGUCCUCAGCGUCUUCUUGUCGGGACUCGCAACUCUGGCGGGUAUCGUCGCCUGCGUGUCUUCCUCCAUGCAUCUCGCCCGUUUGGCCCGUACCGAUUGCACCCCUCGCGACCUGAAUGAAACUUGCUCGUGUCGUCCCCGAGGCGAUUUCACCGUCGUUCCUGAACCGAUUCUUCGGUACGUCGACCUCAGCUGUCCAGAGGUCGAGAGCAUCCUGGCGAUACUUUUGAUAUUCUCGGCGACUUGCAACGGCCUCGGCGCCAUUAUCGCUGGGUGGUACUGCUACCUUCAUUGGAGCACGACGGAUUCCAGAGACAACAGGAACAAGUACACCCAGGUCAGAACCGGCCCUGCGCCAGGCCGCAUCCUUAAUAGGCCCAUUUACAAUCCGAAUUUGAACGGACGAUGACUGAGAGAAACCAAUGCGUGAAUUUUAUUUGAUUCAUCGAUUAUUUUUCAUGUCUCUGACGCAAUUUUACUCUUCGCGACGUAUGAAAGAGAAAGAUUUGAAAAAGAGAAGACGGACUUUGGUCGUUAUGGCUCGCACAUUGACUCUAUGCUUAUACCGUAGUUGCAUUUUCCAGGAUAUACGGUCAUGUAUUUAUAAGUUAUUUUUUUUCGAUACGGAGUGGGAUAAAAUUAACUUGAUGUAACAUGAUUUUGUAAAACAAACGUCAUACCUCAUAUCUUAAGAUUAUUUAACCAGUUUUAAAACAAUUUGCUCGUUGCGAAUGGAUUUUUAAAUGAUUUAAAUUGAUUCUGGCGUUAAAGCCAGAGUUAUCUUAUCUUUCUUGAAGGGGGGGAGGGGCUAAACUACUCCACGCAUUAUACCUUAUACUGAUGGACCAAAUACUGUUAUGAAUUAUCUUCAAAGUUAAUGGUAUUAUGUGGUAAUUAUAUUCUAUUUUUAUCCCGUGGUAGUGUGUACCUAAUUACAUGUGUAACUGUUAGGUAUAGUUUUGAAGUUUUAACUAGAUUGAGGUGUUUUCAUAAAUGCUCAUUAUAGGUAUUAGACUGGUUUCCACAAGCAAUAUCUCUUGAACAAAGCUAAGGAAAUUUUGUUGUUUUGGUCGUUAUUCUAAAUUCUUAUUUUUGAAUUCUGUUUAUCACUUCGAAUCUCUGCAGUUAGUUACGUGCCCGGUAUAUCUAUAUAAAUAAUUCGUACACGUUUACAUUUUAGGUGUGUGUAUGUAAAAGGGUAGUUAUUGUAACGCUUCCUUGAAUGCGUAAGAUUAAAUGGCAGCUCAAUAAUAUGUUUAACGUAAUUAUAUUUAGAAAAUACUUUAUUAUUUAAAAGAGACAAAAAAAAUGUCGAUACUCGGCGAUAUAAGUAUUCGUAUACUAGUAAUGUUUUGUUUUUCAUAACUACGUUAGACUCAUAAUUACAUAUUUUAUACAUAUAGUACAGUAUAAAGCAAUAUUUUGUUCUUCAUAUUUAUAGAAAUUAAUCAAACAGAAUUGACAACAAUAGUUUAUUUAUCUUCUUUUUUUCUUCGUAUACAUUAAAACAAGAAAACACACUGGUAAGAACAGAAAGUCAACAUUUUCUUUUCCUCAGUCGUUUCCUUAUCUUUAUUUAUAUGAUUACUUAUUUAUACGUUAUUUGAAAUCUUUUUUGUUCUGACUCACUCAUCAGUAAUUCAAAUAUCUCUUUUAAAAUGCUGGCCGCUCUGCUGGCCACUCCGCAACGAUGUAACGUUUUUCUUUGGUGUUAAAUCGAACAAUUAACACUUUCCAUCAGAUUUAUUCAUUACCAUUACAGUGUACUAUAGGUAUGUAAAGAAGGACUAUUGUACCGUUAUACGUAUAGCACCGAUCUACUAGCGAUAAAAAGAAAAGAGAAAACAAAACUAACCGAUAAAAAAUUUCAACAAUCUUUAAA